AUGCCCACCUCCGUGGGAGCAACGCCAAGCUGCCGUCUCCGGGAUCCGCCUUGGCAGCGCGGAGCGCGCUGCGGCUCGCGGAGAUGUUCUGCCGGAUCUAUCCGAUCAAUCGCAAGGACACGGAGGAGGGCGUUCCCGGUGUCCUCUUCGGCCGCUACGAG